AUGUUCAAGUCACAGUUCGUCAGAAACUCGGUGAGGCUCUUUGCCACGAAGAAACAGCCUUCUAUUGGUCGCUACACUGGUAAGGCAGACCCAGCUACGGGCAAGUACACGGUCUCGUUCAUCGAAGGUGACGGUGUAGGUCCAGAGAUUUCAAAAGCCGUCAAAGACAUUUUUGUCGCUGCCAAGGCCCCUAUCCAAUGGGAAACCUGUGACGUGAGUCCGCUAUUUAUCAACGGACUAACUACCAUUCCCCAACCCGCCCAGGACUCCAUAAACAAGAACUUGAUUGCUUUGAAGGGUCCUUUGGCUACUCCCAUCGGUAAAGGUCACAGAUCGCUAAACUUGACUCUACGUAAGACUUUCGGUUUGUUUGCCAACGUGCGUCCCGCCAAGUCUGUCGAGGGUUACAAGACCGCUUAUGACAACGUCGACCUCGUCCUUAUCAGAGAAAACACUGAAGGUGAAUAUUCAGGAAUCGAGCACGUUAUCGUGCCCGGUGUCGUGCAGUCCAUCAAACUAAUUACCCAGGAUGCUUCCGAACGUGUCAUCAGAUACGCCUUCGAGUACGCCAGAGCUGUCGAGAGACCAAAGGUUAUGGUUGUCCACAAGUCCACUAUCCAAAGACUAGCCGAUGGUCUUUUCGUCAAAGUUGCUCAAGACCUUGCUAAAGAAUACCCAGAUAUCGAGUUGCAAACCGAAAUCCUAGACAAGACCGUUCUUAACGUUGUCAAGGACCCAGCCCAAUACAAGGAUGUCGUUGCCGUGUGCCCCAACUUGUAUGGUGACAUUCUGUCUGACUUGAACUCCGGUCUCAGCGCUGGCUCUUUGGGUUUGACUCCUUCUGCCAACAUUGGACACCAAGUUUCUAUCUUUGAAGCCGUUCACGGUUCUGCUCCCGACAUUGCUGGUCAAAACAAGGCUAACCCAACUGCUUUGUUGCUGUCUUCCGUUAUGAUGUUGAACCACAUGGGCUUGACUGAACACGCUGACAAGAUCGAAAAGGCUGUUUUCACCGCUAUUGCUUCCAGCCCAGAAAACAGAACUGCUGACUUGGGUGGUAGUGCUUCUACUUCCUCUUUCGCCGAAGCCGUCAUCAGCAGAUUGUAA